AUGGAGAACCCCGUGGAAGAGAUCACAGGCGUGAUCACCACUCUCUGCACUGCUGAAUCAGAAGUGCAGCAGCAGGCGAUAGACAAGUACUUCACCCAAGAUGCCCUAUUCAUUCAUCCAUUCUGCCGAACGUUAAGGGUGUCCAAUUCGACCUGGAUGAUCAAAAAAAUCUAUGCAUGGUACAAGAUAUUGAGUCCCCACAUCGAUAUCAAGGUUGAUAGCAUCGCUUUUGAUCAAGCCAAUAUGAUCCUCUACGUCACCGCUCGUCAAACAUUCCGCAUCCAAUUUAUUCCUCUUUAUAAGGCCGAUGUGUCCCUGGUCACCAAGCUCCAGCUAACCCACGUCCGCGACGCUGGGCUUGAUCCUUCUUAUGCCGGUGUUGUCAAGCAAACUCCUGGUGCCACCGCCAGUCAAGCACAGAAGUACUAUAUCCAAUCCCAGAACGACCUCUAUCAAACCAACGAAUUCAUCAAGUUCGUGGCUCCGUGGGGUGUCGGUAGCACUAUCGUUAUACUCUGGCAAAUCUUCGCCACCCUCAUGUGCGUCGUUGGUGCUAUGAUCUUGUGGCCGCUAACCUGGUUCCGCGAGAACCUCACCAACGAGGCUUGA